GAGGAUGCUGUUAGACGUCAACGUGCUGUGAAGGAUGAUUUGGUCUGUACGAACACGAUGGCCUACCUGACAUAUGUACGCAGUGCUUCGGGGAUGAAUGUCAUGGGUAUGACGGCAACGCGCGUUCGCAAGUUGAAUUCCCUGCAAAGACUGGGCAGGCAGCGCAACCUGAUCCUUCGGCAUGUUCUAGACAGAGCAGGAAUAGCCUGGACAAGGGAGGCCGCCUCGACGAUGAGGUCGAGCACAUCGUCGUUCAGUGCACCGAUGCUGCCAUCGUCCAUCGCAGGCUAUUCGUACGUGUAUGAAC